CGGGAUGCUCGAGCUCAAGAUCGAGAUGUCACUCGGCGUGUAGUAGUGAGACGAGUGUGAUUUAGAAGCAUUUUUCUUCCACGUUGAUCGUGCGUCCUCGCGUGGCGAGAAAAAUCCUUCUAAACGCGGUGCGAGCGCGAUGGAUCGUGAACUAGUCGACAAGUUCAUCGAGGUGACGGGCGAGAGCGAAGCGACGGCUCAUCAGUAUCUCACGUUGGCUGACGGGAACGUGGAGAUGGCGAUCAGCCUGAUGUUCGAGGGCGGCAGGGCACCGGAGGCUGAGAACGCGAAUCCGGAGCCACCGGUGAGGGCUCCGAUACUACCGACGCAGGAGAUCCUGGUGCCGCCAGAGCCGGUGUGCUCAUUUCCUCGUCUGUCGAACAACGUGUUUGACAGAUUCAGAGACUUCGCCGUAGAGACUCAGCGACAAGAGGAAGAAAUGACACGCAGAGUAACCGGCACGAAGCAGAUCUCCCAAAAGAAAUCCAAGCGUCUGGAAGACCUGUUCCGACCACCGUGCGAUAUUCUCUUUCUGGGCUCCUUCAUGGAGGCUCGCGAUCAUGCCAAGAAUCUGAAUCGCUGGCUGCUCGUCAAUGUUCAAAAUCCACAGGAGUUUUGCUGUCAGGUUCUCAACAGGGACGUGUGGCCCAACGAGCAGAUCCAGGAGAUCGUCAAGGAUCACUUUGUCUUGUGGCAAGUUUUGUCUAAUACAUCGGAUGGGAGACGUUACAUAGACUUUUACAACGUGGUGGAGUAUCCGUAUCUGGCGAUCGUAGAUCCGAGAACGGGAGAAUGCAUGAAAACUUACAGUAACAUCACCGUGGACAAUCUGAUGUCGGACUUGAACGAUAUGCUAAGCACACAUGCUUCCCCAGAGAGCGCCUCAGUUACAUCCAACUCCAAAGACUGGAACAACUUCCCUACGACGCCACCAAAACGGAAUACUCUGGCGGAACAAGCAAAGAACGAUUGCGGUCCCAGUAGCAAAACUUCUAGACUUUUGUCGGAAAAGAUCACGGAUCCGGAAACCGGAGACGUAGCAUCGGAUAACAUCACUAGUUCAAGUGUUCCAAGUAGCAGUUGCACUGCCUUCAACAAGAAGAGAAAGCUGAACGAACGCGAGGCUGCUAAACAGCAGAAGAAUGAAAAGUCAAAAUCUGACACAGCUAAAGCCGAAACGAGCGACGAACCUAUCCUACGGCUGUGUCUACGACUGCCAAACGGUACAAAAGAAACGAUAUCAAUGUGCGGAGCAGAUACUAUAGAGGAUUUCUUGAUUAAAAUGGAAGACAUGGGAUUUUCAUCAGAGGAAUAUACGUUUUUAGUACCGUUCCCGAAAACAAAUAUCGGUGCACUGUCUGCAGAUACUCGCCUGUUAGAUACAAUUUUGUUUCCAACUAACACAGUAUUUAUAACGAAGAUAUAGUGAGUGAAAGAAACGCUUCCAUUUUAUUUUUCGAAUUAGAAAAAUUUAAGAUAUCCAUCUGAAGGUUUUUCGAAAUUACUCGGGCGAAAGUUCGUAAUCUGUGUACAGUUUCAAAGAAUUAUCACUCUAUUUCUCAAAAUUGAAGAAUCGAUCCAUUUUGUAUGUCUCUCGUAUAUUUAUAGAUACUUUUUUAAUUAAAGCGAUAUCGGUAUUUUUAAGGUAGAUUAUCAAUACGAUAAAGCACUGCCAUUCAGUGUUCAUUUCGUAUGAAAUACUCUGUGUAAAUCAUUUUAUCUUAAGGUUUUAUCUUUGGGAUCCGAAAGAAAGACAGAUGUGAUGAUUGCGAUUUACAGGAGAAAUUAUCGGUUGCAUGUACUGUGCGUAUACUAUAACUAUAGUAUAGUAUAACUAUUAUCGUUAUUACGUACAAACUCACAUUCAGAACGCGCUUUACAACGGUAAAAGCGCUAUAUCCUCGAUGUCGCUUCUCAACCAAGAUGCGUUUUCAGUCACUUUUGCAGGCGCUUUUAUCGUUGUAAACGUGUUCCGAAUAUGAGUCACAGCGUUUUCCACCGGAAAACUAGGGCAAUAUUGGUGCGCAUUGAAUGGAAGUUUAGCGUUCCACUGUGAAAAUGAAAAGUCAGUUUACAUAUCUCAGUGUCUACUGUCAAAAGUGGUGCAAAAAAAUUGCAUCAAGUGCGCACCGGUGUCGCAACGGCACUUUCCAGCAGAAAACGCUAGUAGUCUUAUUAUUACUGUUCUGCAAGUCUCACAAGUGCCGUCCAUACAUGUGUACAGUCGUCACGAAACGUAUUUCCCACGAGGUACUUUAAGAUGGCACGUGCAACAAACCUGCAUACGUCUCGGCAGACACAUUUUGCAGUGUAUUACAGCGUGGCGAGAUCUCCGGAUAUCUUGCACGAAAGGGAACUUCCGUCAAUGUGAUUUAAGACGCAACAACCAAGUAAGACUUUACAUUGCGAUAUAUCAUAUAGCUAAGCGCGGAAAGCUUCGAUAACGAAGACAAUUCAUAAUAUACGUAUUGCUGAUAGUACAAGACGUGUCAAUGCAUGAUUAUCAUCGAGAUAAAUGCUCGAUUCAAGUUAUAACUGCCGCUACGCAAUUAAGAUAGAAGAUAGGUAAUCGAGAUAUUUUACAAGCAUUGAUUAUAACAUUAACAAUGUACCGACACUAUCCAUCGACUAUAAAAGUAUUUCAUGUACGUCAGGCAACUGUAUUUAUACUUAUUUCUCAGUGUACGAUAAUCGUAAUUCUGUAAUAUAGCUGGUAAAACAUUUCUUCCGGAUUUAUAAUACAUGUAUCUCCAUUAUUGAGAACUUAAAUAUAUCACUUAAUC